AUGAGCAAGGUUGAGCUCUUGUACGCCAAAAGUAAGGCGUACCUCCACCCGUCGUCGUCUAAUAAAGAUAACGCCUUCGGGCCUUCUACCAAUAAGGAUAUCUUGCUUAGUUAUACGCCAGAGAACAUGCUUUCUGCUGAAGAACUUAAGGUCUACAAGGAGGUCGAUAUGGCUGAGUGUGUGAUCGACUCAAUGGGCAAGUUGCUGCUUGAAACGCCGAAAAAGGCUAAGGAUAUCAAUAGAUCCGUUAGAAGACCUCCCCAGAGCUCGGGCGCAGGCUACUGCUUCUCCUUGCCUUUGCAGCUUGUCUAUAUGAUCCAGGUCCGCUUGCCAUCGUUGGGAUGGUGGUACGGAUCGGUUAUUUUGCAUACCAAGACGGGCGAGAAGAUGCCUGCGGUGUUUUUUCAUGAUGACGAGUCGCCGCUGACUCUUGAGCGCCAGAAACUCAUGAAUAAGCUGUUUGAUCCGUUUGGCGAGGACGGCCAGAUGUUCUGGGGCGGCCAGGACCUUAUCAAGAACCUCAGGAGGUAUAUAAACGUGGAAAAGCUGACCGUGGAGCCUUCGGCGUACUUGGUGGACCCGCUGAGCUCUGAUUUGGCCAACUUUGCGCCUUUGAAGGAGCAAAAGAAGGAGAAACAGGAGCCUUUCAAGUUGCCAGAUGUGAAUAAGAUGUUUGCCACGGCCAAAUGGCGUGUUUUGGAGACUGUGGCUUCUUUUGGUCAGAAAACAAAGAACCUGGUUGUCGAUAUGGUCGAUGACCAUGUGCCUGAGGUUGUGGUCAAGCUGGUUUUGAGCAAGCCUGAGGUGAAGAAGAUCAGUAAUGAUUUCGAUAGUGCCAGGGUCUAUUUGGCUAAGUGGGCUGCUCAGGUUAAAGAAGAGGCUGAGAACUCCCAGCGUAAGUUUAUGUUGGAAGACUCAGUCUACAAUAGAAUCAACAAAGAACUUCGUGACGGGCUGGAGAUUUUGACGCCAGAGGAAAUCAGCAACGCUUCUAGAAGGAAACCUAUAAGUAAGGUGGAAUGGGACGGUUUUUUUGAUCACAAGGGCCGUCUUACAUUGACUGUGGACGAAGUGAAGUUCCGUAUCUUCCACGGCGGUUUAGAAGAAGAGACAAGGAAAGAAGCCUGGUUGUUCUUGCUUGGUGUAUACCCUUGGGACUCGUCUGCGGCAGACCGUAAGACUCUUCGUGAGAGCCUUGAAACGAGCUACCAUGACUACAAAAAGAGGUGGGUUGACGACGAGGAGAAACGCCAGGAUCCUUUCUGGAAAGACCAGAAGUUGCGUAUCGAGAAGGAUAUCCACAGAAACGACCGCCACUUGCCUCUUUUCCAAAGAAAGAAGCCUGAUGUUCCCAACUUGUCAGCGCACAUUGCUGAUUCUUUUGAUGCUGGUGCCGCCGAUACGAGAGAGUCACUGCCUGAAACUCCAGACGAAGACGAGGAAGAGAGCGAGUGGGACCUUGCGCAUAUCGAGAACCCACACUUAUUCGCCAUGCGUGAAAUAUUGUUAACCUUUAACGAGUACAACGUCAACCUUGGUUACGUUCAGGGCAUGACAGACUUGCUUUCGCCAAUCUAUGUGAUCUUGCAGGACGAGGUUUUGUCGUUCUGGGCCUUCAGUGGAUUCAUGGAAAGAAUGGAAAGGAACUUUGUCAGAGAUCAAAGUGGUAUGAAACAUCAAAUGGAUGUGCUCAAUGGCCUCUUGCAGUUUAUGCUUCCUGAUCUUUUCAAGCAUUUGGAGAAGUGUGAAUCAACUGACUUGUUCUUCUUCUUCCGUAUGCUUCUUGUCUGGUACAAGCGUGAGUUUGAAUGGGACGAUGUUUUGACUUUAUGGGAAGUUCUCUUCACUGACUACUACUCCAGUCAGUUCCAUUUGUUCUUUGCAUUGUCUGUUCUUUCCGACAAUAAGAGAAUCAUCAUGCAGAACUUGAGACGCUUUGACGAGGUCUUGAAGUACAUGAACGAGCUUUCCGGAAAAAUGAAACUCAAUGAUUUAUUGACUCGUGCCGAGUUGUUGUUCCUUCGGUUCAAGAGAAUGAUUGCGCUUAUUGAUCGGGAAAAUCUGCAGCGCCACGAAGGCGGGGAUCUUUACGAAGUGAAUGUGAACCCAGAUUUACGAGAAUUACUCAGCCGCAAGCUCGUUAUACAAAAAGAAGUGGAAAGACCGGAAGGAGUCGGUGGAGGUUAG